GGGGCGCUGUCUCGCCUGUGGAGUGGGAGUUGCUUCCGGGUUGCGCGCCCGGAAGUAGGAAGUUGUCAGCCUAUCCUCCUCGCCCGGCGGCUUGCUGUCCCCGAGGCGGGAGGAGCCCGAGGGGGCGCGGGCCCCGCAUUAAAUUACCUGUAGCAGAUCUCCUGUAGCAGAAAUCAUUUGGGAGACUUCCCAGGUGGUCCAAUAGAGACUCUGCAUUGGAAGACAUGGAUCUUGCCGCUAAUGAGCUCAGCAUUUAUGACAAACUCUCAGAGACUGUUGAUUUGGUAAGACAGACGGGCCAUCAGUGUGGCAUGUCAGAGAAGGCAAUUGAAAAAUUUAUCAGACAGCUGCUGGAGAAGAAUGAACCUCAGAGGGGGCCACCCCAGUAUCCCCUCCUUCUAGCUGUGUACAAGGUCUUCAUAACCCUGGGAUUAAUCUUGCUCACUGCCUACUUUGUGAUUCAACCUUUCAGCCCGUUACCACCUGAACCAGUGCUUUCCGGAGCUUACACUUGGCGCUCACUCAUCCAUCACAUCCGGCUGAUGUCUUUGCCCAUUACCAAGAAGUAUAUGCCAGAAAAUAAGGGAGUUCCUCUGCAUGGGGGUAGUGAAGACAGACCCUUUCCAGACUUUGAUCCCUGGUCGACAAAUGACUGUGAGCAGAAUGAGUCGGACCCCAUCCCUGCCAACUGCACUGGCUGUGCCCAGAAAUUACCCCUCCAGGUGAUGCUCCUGGAAGAUACCCCAAGGAAAUUUGAGAGGCUGCAUCCUCUGGUAAUCAAGACGGGACAGUCCCUGUCGACUGAGGGGCUUCAGGAUUUUUUGUGCCAGUAUCCGGAGGUGACAGAAGGCUUCACCGAAGGGUUUUUCACCAAGUGGUGGCGCUGCUUUCCUGGACGGUGGUUCCCGUUUCCAUACCCAUGGAGAAGACCCCUGAACAGAUCACACAUUUUACGUGAGCUUUUCCCUGUUUUCACCUAUCUGCCGUUUCCAAAAGAAGCCUCCUUGAAAAAAUGCUUCCUUCUUCAACCAGAACCUAUUGUGGGGAGUAAGAUGCACAGGAUGCAUGACCUGCUCACCGUCGGCAGCGGGGAGGCCAUGCUGCAGCUCCUCCCACCCUUCCAGUGCCGCAGCCUCUGCCAGUCCGUGGCGAUGCCGCUGGAGCCAGGCGACAUCGGCUACGCUGGUGCCACCCACUGGAAGGUCUACAUUAUAGCCAGAGGGGUCCAGCCUUUGGUCGUCUGCGAUGGAACCACCCUGUCAGAGCUAUAGGACACAGAUCUAAAGGAACAGCUUUGAGAGCUGAAGACCAGAUCGAAAGGGGGAGAAUAAAAACAAAAAACGAUGAAACCACUUUCCAGGGGUUGGUUACUUAGUCACCUGCCCCGUGCAUGCGUGUGUGAGCCAGUUGUAUGCUGGAGGCAAAGGCCAGAGCCAGGGCCUCCCAACUCUUCCAGCCCAGCCGCUUGGCCAGGACUCCGCCACCAAUACCGGUCUAUGAGAGACGGGCCUCUGCCCGGCCUCUUGGCACCAAAGCCUUGAGGCUGCCUUCAGGCAGGGAGCAGGGUUGAUACCGUCCCUCACUUGCAUGGCAUGAUCCCCUCUGCUGGCUCCUGGCCACGAGAGGGUAGUCAGCAGGUCCUGACUUCAGCGCCAUCCUCUGCCAGGUGGGCCUGCCUGUCCCAUCUCCCUGGUAACACCACCCUCUACGUCUUUUGGAAAGCCACAUAUGGUUAAAGAAGUCAUGGCAGUUUCCCAAGCAGAGUGGAAUCUCGAACCAGUGAAAAGGAUCAAAUAACCUCAAACUGCACUUGAGAACUGCACUUCCUUCCCAAGUGCGCGUGGCUCUGAGAGUCUCCGAUGCCGGGUCAGAGCCUGAUUGUAAUUGAAGCAGUAAUUCCUAAGGUAAUAGCUUUCUCCAUUCUGUCAGGUCCUCAGUCUCUCCCUCCCUUGCCUGUCUGGCUGGCGUCUCAGCAGUUGGGCUCCCAGCGCCCCUCCCUUGGCCCGGCCAGAGCCCUUUACUGCUGAGGCAGCACCGCUUUCAUCAGCCGUGUUGCUUUUACCAAAUGUUUUCAGAGGGGGGUGAGUUAAGAGUGCUGGCCCGGGGAGAGGGCGUCUCCCCGGGUUUGAUCUUUAGGGUCCGACUUUCUGCAGAAAAGAUGUUUUACAGAUGUGUCAAAGUGAUGUUGUCAUGUGGCUAGGGAAGGAACUCCAGACGCAAAGUGCUGGUCAGCUGGGCGUGCGACUGUGCGACUCUCUGUCUUGAAAUGAUUUCUGUCUCUGUACUGGGAACCAAAGUGAGGUGUUUUUAAUUCUUGUGAAAAUACAAAACCGUGUUCCUUUUGA